UUUUAAGCGUAACCCAAUCUGCAAGUUUGGCCGCUGAAGGACGCACCUCGGGACUUUGGCGCAGACGUCUCUCUGACUUCUUGCUGCUGGACAUGGGCGCAUCUGAGGCCAGACUGCGGUAGACGGAGGGCUCGGAACUGCUGUCCUCUUUUCCUGCUAUCUCUUGCAGAGUGGACCCACUUUUGAAAGAGACUGUUUUUCUAUCUGGGCCUAAGGCCGACUUGUUUAAAGGUCCUUUUUUUGCUUCCGGCAACAGUGAAGAGACCAAGUCUUCCUCCCUCAGCCCGCACUCCCUCUCUCACUUUUUUGGAAGCUGAACUUUUAAAGGAAAAUGGGGCAUUGAGAGGGUUGGCAGAUCUCCCCACGCUAUAAUGGCUACUGACACCUACCUGGUGAACGACGAUCCUUCUAGAGGCCCUGGGAUGCCUGAAUGUUUCCUCGUGUCUGAUACAUAUAGGGAUGAAUUCCACCCCUUCAUCGAGGCCCUGCUGCCCCAUGUCCGCGCCUUCGCCUACACCUGGUUCAACCUGCAGGCCCGCAAGCGCAAAUACUUCAAGAAGCACGAGAAGCGCAUGUCCAAGGAGGAAGAGCGCGCAGUGAAAGACGAGCUGCUGGGGGAGAAGCCAGAGAUCAAGCAGAAGUGGGCCUCGCGCCUGCUGGCCAAGCUCCGCAAGGACAUCCGGCCCGAGUUCCGUGAGGACUUUGUGCUCUCCAUCACGGGGAAAAAGCCCCCCUGCUGCGUGCUGUCCAACCCCGACCAGAAGGGCAAGAUCCGUCGCAUCGAUUGCUUGCGCCAGGCCGACAAGGUGUGGCGGCUGGACCUGGUGAUGGUCAUCCUGUUCAAGGGCAGCCCCCUGGAGAGCACGGACGGGGAGCGGCUGGUCAAGUCUCCACAGUGCACCAACCCUGGCCUGUGCGUCCAGCCGCACCACAUCGGAGUGUCCGUCAAGGAGCUGGACCUCUACCUGGCCUACUUCGUCCACACGCCAGAAUCCGGACAAUCAGACAGCUCCAGCCAACAAGGGGACACAGACAUCAAACCACCGCCCAAUGGGCACCUGAGUUUCCAGGACUGCUUCGUCACUUCAGGGGUGUGGAAUGUCGCAGAGCUGGUCAGAGUGUCACAGACACCUGUUGCCACAGCGUCAGGUCCUAACUUCUCGCUGGCUGACCUGGACAGCAGUCCCAGCUACUACAACAUCAACCCGGUGGCUUUAGGGCGACGCUCCCUCACCUCCCCUCCUUCCACUAGCUCCAACAAGAGGAAGUCAUUAGACGACAGUGAGCUGGAAAGCCCCACAGAUGAUGUUUUCUACCCCGGACGCUCGCCUGCUGCCAGCUCCUCCCAGUCCAGUGCGUGGCCCAACGACAUGGAUGCAGUGCAGCACCAUUUGGCGAGUGUGCAGGAGAGGAAGAUAAAACAUGAAAACGAUGGCGUGCAGUUUCCUUACCAUGGACUGUCCUCGCCUGGUUCACUUAAGAAGCCGGGGAAGUUUGAUUUCAACGCCCUGACUUCCCAGACGAGGUCCCCCCGCAUGGCGUUCACACACCACCCGCUGCCUGUGCUGGCAGGAGUGAGACCAGGGAGUCCCCGUGCCUCAGCCUCUGCUCUGCACUUCCCCUCCUCCUCUAUCAUCCAGCAGUCCAGCCCGUACUUCACCCACCCCACCAUACGCUACCAUCACCACCAGGACCCUCUUAAGGAGUUUGUGCAGUUUGUGUGCACCGAUGGCACAGGACAGCCCAGCGGUCAGCAGCCUCCACUCCAGGGUCAACAGCUCCACCACCACCACCACUCCCUCCUCCACCCUCUGUGAAUCAGGGUAUUUGUUGCCGUCCUACACCGUGCCCUCAGUAUGCUGCAAUACCAUUUGUCGACCUUCCAGUCCAAGAGACAAGUCCUUCACCAGAAUCUUUACAUCAUGCAGUGGGUGAACCAGCUCCACCACUGCUGAUAGAUCAAAAUGGACCCCAGUCUCCUCCAAAGGAUGGACAAGAGGACAAUCCCUCUGAUAAUGAAGAGUCCCACCCAGUGCAGGAAACUGAGCCUACAUCAUAGUCCUAAACAUAGAGGAGAACGCUGAUCGGCCAUUCAGAAGGUCCAGGCUGGAGACCAACUGUCCUACAGCUCUAAAAACUAAAACCUGCAUUUACGGGUUCCUAAAAAUGCACCGAAACACUGAUAAAUGGUACUGUUGCACUGAGCACUUUGCUUCAUGUUGGGGCAAAAGAUGUUCAAAUAUGUUAAUUCAGCCUUCAUUUAUUUUCAUCUAAGUUAUUUGCAGCUAAAUUGAUCAUGUAGCGCUUUGCUUUUUCAUGCACCUCUUUGCCAAAUAUUUAAUAGUGCUACGUAAAACUCUUAUUCUUAAAAAAAUACAUAAUGAUAAUUUUUACAGACUGUUACAAACUAUUAUGUUUAAUUAUAUGGACAUGGGCAUUUAUGAAUGAGGAUUUUUUUUUGGUGGAAUUGUAGAAUGAAUAAUUUUUGUAGCUUGACCUUGAGCUUUAAGUCACAACAUGUUGAUCUCUGCAGCUUCAUUUUUAGCACUUUUUUGUCUCUCUCCUCUGAGCUUGUUUUAUGGAAGCAUGUGUAACAGGGUACUAAAUAUUGAGAAUACUUCAUUCACAGUCAUUAAGCUUAGGGUACUUGGAUCAAAUGUACAGGUAAAAUUGUUGUGCUUUUAUUUUUAUUUUUUAUAGUUUAUUUAAAUGAAAAUUUCUAAACAAAUUGUAUUGUCACUUUUCCGAUUGUUUUAAUAAACUUAACUGAAGCCUGCUUU